GUUUACAGAAAAAGGCUUCAUUAUUUUUUAAUGGUUAAAGUUAAAUUUUCUUAGAAUUGAACUUUAACCAUUAACAAAUAAUUAAAAAAAAAUUACAGAUUUUUCCCAAGUUGAAAAACCUAUAAACACCAGCACAACAUACACCCAAGAAACCCACCGCUCCGGCCUUCCCCAUAGCAGCCCCCGUCCCGCCGGAGACGACGACCCAGAAGUUACGAGGCGUCGGUGGCCAUGAUUGGAAGCUUCAAAGCAACAAUUGCAGAGCCCUUCGCGGCUUCACCAAGUCUGUCUUCUCAGAAACCCGACGCCAGCAACCACCGCCAUAUAUGCAGCUUUUCAAAGCUAUCCCUCCAUAAAAAUGGAGGUGUUGUUGCUCAGAUUUCCAAGAACUCUGCUGGUCUUACGUAUAAGGACGCCGGUGUUGACAUAGACGCCGGCUCCGAGCUCGUCCGCAGAAUCGCCAAGAUGGCUCCUAGUAUUGGCGGCUUCGGCGGCCUCUUUCCUCUCGGCGAUUCGUUCCUAGUAGCGGGUACGGAUGGUGUGGGAACCAAACUUAAGCUUGCGUUCGAAACUGGAAUCCAUGAUACCAUUGGGAUUGAUCUGGUUGCGAUGAGUGUUAAUGAUAUUGUUACUUCUGGUGCGAAGCCGUUGUUUUUUCUUGAUUACUUCGCUACAAGUCGACUUGAUGUUGAUCUUGCUGAGAAGGUUAUAAAAGGCAUUGUUGAUGGUUGCCAACAAUCAGAUUGUGCUCUUUUAGGUGGAGAGACUGCAGAGAUGCCGGAUUUCUAUGCAGAAGGUGAGUAUGAUCUCAGCGGUUUUGCGGUUGGCAUUGUAAAGAAGGAUUCAGUUAUAGAUGGGAAAAAUGUUGUGGCUGGAGACGUUCUCAUUGGAUUGCCGUCUAGUGGAGUCCAUUCCAACGGUUUCUCCCUUGUAAGAAGGGUUCUGGCUCAUAGUGGACUCUCGUUGAAGGACCGAGUUCCUGGUGAAGCAGUUACAUUAGGUGAAGCUCUAAUGGCACCAACUGUAAUAUAUGUCAAGCAGGUACUCGAUUUGAUUAGCAAAGGAGGCGUAAAGGGGAUUGCCCAUAUCACCGGGGGCGGCUUUACUGACAACAUCCCUCGAGUCUUUCCUGAAGGCCUUGGAGCUGCCAUCUACAAGGAUUCCUGGGAUGUUCCAGCUGUUUUUAAAUGGAUCCAAGAGGCCGGAAGAGUAGAAGAUGCUGAGAUGAGACGAACUUUCAACAUGGGAAUUGGGAUGGUUUUGGUUGUGAGUGCUGAGACAUCCCACAAAAUACUUGAGGAUGCGAACAGAGCGUACAAGGCAUACCGCAUAGGUGAAGUAGUUAGCGGUGAAGGCGUCAGUUAUUGUUAACUUGUAAAGAUGAAUGAGGGAUAACAGCAAUUUUCAGGUCGACCAUUUUCUUCUAAUUCUUACGAAGAAAUUUUGACAACUUUCAAUAUGUUCGAAUUUGUGCUUCAAAUUGUGCUCAAAGGCUCCGACUUUGUCCUGCUUGCAGAUGGGUUUGCCUGGCUGUCCCAGGAGAUUCUUUUGGGCUCUUAAUAGUCUUUUUCUUUGUGUUGAGUUGUUGUUAUACCGGUUUUAGAUGUUCUCUUCUAAAAAAUAUUUUUAAUUUGAUAACAUUAUGUUUAUCAACAUAAUCGCUCCGUGACCCUUGGGGAUCA